AUGGAUGCUGAUGGCCUGUUGAGAGCGCAAACCGAGCUCCAGGGACGCAUUGCUCGCGCUUGCGAGAACCUGAAAAAGCAAGGCUCAGCCAAAAUAACUGUGGGCGCACUGGAGUCAAGACUUCAGUCCUUAGAAGCAAACUGGAAGAAGUUCGAGGAGAACCAUGAGGUGCUACGUACCACACAUUGGGAAACCGUGAGUAAACACGACUACUUCGAGCAAAACUUCUACGAUCUAGCAGAGGAGAAGUACCUGCAACAAAGCGGCGCCUUCCGUGACGCCUUGAUUAGCCUGCGCAAACCUGGAGAGGGUACAGGUAGCUCCCUGCCGACGAUGGUGGUGGGAGAGCACAAGGGAAGCCGCACGCUUCCACGUAUCAAUCUACCACAAUUCUCUGGAGUGUACGACGAGUGGCCUUCCUUCCGCAAUCUCUUCAAAUCCCUAGUAGAUAGGGACGCUACGCUCACGAACAUUGAGAAACUGCACUACUUAAAAACGAGUGUUCGCGGUGACGCGGAGCAUGUCAUCCGGAACUUGCUCAUCACAAGUGAGAAUUACGAACGCGCAUGGGCCGCACUUGCGGCCCGAUAUGAAAAUAAGCGUCUUCUCACGCAAACUUGCCUGUCCACUGUGACCUCACUCCCGCGCAUGAAGACAGAGUCGGCACAGGAACUCAGACGCGUGUUCAACACCAUGGUGGACACAUACGAUGCACUCGAGA